ACGCAGUACCUCACCCUGAGCAUUAACUUCUAUUGUCAACCACACCAUCUCUCAUUGGCACCACCAGCUGAAGAGAGUUUUCUCCCUAAUUGUCUGCCCCAGUCUUUCCCCGAGUCUUUCCCCGAGUCUAUCACAGAGAGGUUUGUGAAGAAACAAAAGAAUAAUCAAUUCAUACGCGCUACUAUGGCACAGUUUGGCUGUAAUAUUUUUGCUUUGAUGGUUUAUUUCUCUCUUUCUUUGAAGACAUCUGCUACUAAGUUACUUCGUCCUGAUGUUAAUUUAUCAGACAUCAUCCCAAAUGUCCAUGCUAUCUUUGGAGAUCAAAACUCUUAUGAUGGACUACACAUGGCUGUUCAUGCAAAUGUUUGUGAAAACAAUCCAACAAUGCAAACAGUUUGUGCCGCCAUCAUUUUCAGGAAGACCAAGACCUUGCCCCUUGAAUCCCUUCAGUUCAUCUGUCUGCCACUGACUAAUGUACUAAAUACUAUGAUCAUACAUGGUAUCGACAAGUGCUGUGAAUUUUUAUUCACAUGGUUCAAAGGCUGCAAACUUUCAAGCCAGCAUGGAAUUCCAGACUGCACCAUCAACAUCAUGCCAAAUUGUGAAAAAUGCAAAAAAAUGCAUUGGAAGAAUUGUGUGGAUCAAUGGAUCUAUAUCUCUAUGGACAUGCAAGAUCGAAGUCAGAACAGCGCUUGUAUAACUAAAAAUAACAUCACAACCAUCAUCAAUGAAAUGUUUUUUCCAAGUGUGAAAAUAUGUGAUUGUGAAGGCAUUACAAAGACAUUUAACAAGAAUGACCUAACCUCUGUCGAUGACUUGAACAGAAAUUGUAAAGGAAAGGAAGAAACAGUAUACCAUUGCCAGAAGUUGCAUUCCAUGAAAAACACAUUUCACAACAUUACCAAGCAGGGACCUCAGAAAGUGAUCCUAGACAGCAUCAAAGGCUCAGUGACAUCACAUCAGAAGAACAAUUUGCUAAACUUUAGAAUGGCUCUACCCUCCACCAAUAAUGCAACGUUGGAGGAGAUGGAUGACAUUUGGUUGGAGAUUCCUACUGAGGCCUUACGUGUUUUCCUGGGAGACACGGCAGAGGAAGUUAACCUGGGAGUAUUUUGGUUUGAGCAUCACAGCAUGUUCCCGGUGGAGGAGAACAACACUGAGCUCCUAAACAGUCGAGUGGUAUCCGUCGAUGUGGGAGAGGACAUCUCAGGCCUCAGUAACUAUCUUAAGAUCACGUUCCUCUUCCAGAAUGCAUCAGUGGAAAACAAAUCACUAGUAUGUGUGUUCUGGGAUGUUGAAAAUGAUACUGUUGCACAUUGGAAUUCCUCUGGAUGUGUCACUGAGACAAAGGAAAAUGAAACAGUGUGCUCUUGUACCCACCUUUCAUUCUUCGCUGUACUUAUGUCUCCGGUCAGUGGCUCCAGUGCCAGUCUGAGCUCCUCCUCUGUGUGGUUGCUGACGUUGUUGUCCAGGGUGGGCUGUGGAAUAUCCCUCUGUUUCCUGUGUCUGGCUCUCCUCAUCCACCUCAGAAGGGGAAAAUCUGAUGAUUCCCUGUGCAUCCACAUCCACCUGUGUGUGGCGCUGCUGUGCCUCAACCUAACCUUCCUCAUCAACGACAGCCUAGCCUCUCUUGGUGUCCAUGGCCUGUGUGUUGCUACGGCAGCAGCCACCCACUACUCUCUGCUGUGCACCCUCACCUGGUUCUCCCUUGAAGGCUUCCACCUCUAUCUGCUCAUCAUCCGGGUCUUCAACAUCCACGUCAACAGAUACCUCCUCAAACUGGGCCUGGUAGGAUGGGGAAUACCUGGCAUAGUAGUUACCAUAAUUGUUGCUUGUGGCAAAUAUGGAGAAUACAGAAUAUACCAGCAAGACGGUGGUGCUAUUCAAAUGUGCUGGCUGACUGACUCUGCUCUGACCAUGGUGUCCUUCUCGUACUUCGUGCUGACAUUCGCGGUGAACAUGCUGUGCUUUGGGUCUGUGACAGUGAAGGUGGUGAGGGCCCACCGUCAGAGUCCUGUCCUGAGGGAGAGGGGUAUGAACAGGGGGACAGUACUCAGUCUGCUGGGUCUGGCCUGGCUCCUGGGGGUCUCCUGGGGGGUCCUGCUCUUCCAGUUUGGCCCCCUGAGGGAGACAGCCUUCUACAUCUUCUGCACCAUCAACUCUCUCCAUGGCCUCUUCCUCUUUCUACGCUAUUGGGCUUUAACUCGGCCAGAGAAGGCAUCUAUCUCCAUGGCAACCACUGCAUCUUCUUGAACUGCGAUGCAUCCAGCUGAGAGGCCAGUCCCUGACUAACACAGUUAAACCUUCUACUACUAAUACCACUGCUUCCAUUUUAUUACAUAAGUACAAUAUUUAGUAUGUUGGUUUAUAACUUUCAGGAUAGGCAAACCUAAACAUACAUUAUAAAUCGUAAUUACAAAAUGACUACUUUCCAGGGUUGCUCGUAAGCUUAUUGUGCUCAUAAUACUUUUUUUAACUUUUCAAAGUUGUGCUGUUUAUUGCACUUUGUGUGCAUUUUGUUGUAUUUUGUGACCCACCUUCCAUGCAUAUUCAGUUUUGAUGUGUAUAGUCCUAGGCAAACAUCUAUUAGGUUCAAGUGAUUUUCAUCUCUGAAAAUAAUCAAAUACGUUUGGAUACACAAUUGAUCACUCACCGUUGUACACGAGGGUAAGAUGACGUGGUCAACUGUGAAUUGGUGCCUUUCUGUGUCUUUGACUGUUAUCAAAAACCCUCUGAAAGAUAUGCUCUUUUUUAGUCCAUCUAACAUUUUGGAGAAUUUUAAUUCCCUUUUGGUUUUUGCAGAAUAGGCGUACAGUAUAUAACCUCCUAGCCUAUGAGCUACCUGAGAGAACAUUAGACCUACAAGUAGAUUGUACCUUAGCAUAACACCAUAUUUGCAGGGAUAGGAAAUCAAUGUUUAGAAAUGAACACUUUUAGAUUGUGUAAACCUUUUCUUUGUGUAAAUAAUUCCAUAAAAAUUUGAAAGGGGGAUAUGCCUCACAAGCCUCUGGGGUUUUCUACCUCUUCUGCACAUGCUCUUUUUGUUUUCCUUUUACUUUGUGAUCAUUUUGUUUUGGAUUUUCUUGUGUGCCAUUUAAAAAAAAGGAAAUAGAUAUCCUAGAGGCCUACUGUGUCAUUGAUAUUGAGGGGGUUCAAUUAAAACCUAUGACUACUUUCUCUCCUCCCAAACAUCGAAAUCAUGUGGAAAUAUACUGCUGCCUUUUGGAAGACGAGGUAAAGGUUCAGUGUGAACAGAAUAAAAUAAUGAAGAAACCCAACCUGAGCAAAGAGGAGCUACAAUCUCUGAAAAAGCUACAGAUAGAACCAACCAUUGCAAUUCGACAGGCGAAUUUCGUACACAAUUGAUUGUUUCUGAAUUCAAAAGGCAAUUGUCAGACCAACACUUCUACAUGCCACUGCCCUCUGACCCCAUUUCCACCUACAAUGAACAUCGUAGAUGAAAAGCAUUUUUGUAUGUCCCACACACCUACAUUCCCCCCCCCCCUAUACUACAUGGUGCCUAAGCGUCAUUAGAAUCUGGACGACCCUCCGGGAAGACACAUUGUGUCAGGGAUUUGGAGCAGAACUGAGAACAUCUCACUUUGUCAACCAUCACCUGAAACAUGUUUUUUUCUUAACUCAUAGACGGGUGACUGUAAAACUCUUGACUGACAUUGAUAACAGAAUAGGUUUUCUUAGUCUUUUUUGACAUUCAAUCUUUGUAUACAGUCAUUCAUGGUUAACUAGGAACAGAAUUUGAGCUAAUGUGUUAGUUUUAACUCAACUUUUUAAAACUCUUGCUGAGUAAAAUUACAAAUUCAUGUUAGGCUUUGAAAGGCAACACUGUAAAAAAGGCCAAAUUAAAGGUGAAGUUAUUUUUCUUUCAACCAAAGUUUAUAAUGUAAAUGGAGUGUUAUAGAAGGAAAGGGUCCAGACAAUGUUUUUUGAGAUUUCACUUGUUUUUGAGAAACGUAGGGACAGAUAUGCAAUAGGCUAACUAGCAAUCAUACCACACAUUAAAUCAUUAAAAUCUGCCGAAUUUUCAAUAUAAAUCCUGAAGAUAGGCAGCGGAGAGGCCAUGUGCGUCAUUACGUAAGAACAGUAAAGACACGCAGCUCAAAAGGCUCCCCUUGUUUAGGGAUAAUACAAAUAUCCUAAAACAUUACAUUUGGAUAAGUUGUGGGUCUACUCUGGACAUUAUAGAAAGGCACUGUAGCAGGCCAGUGUGUAUUUUUACAUCCUGAAUUCAAAAUGUAUUAUGUAUUAAAUAUGAAAAAAAUUCACCCAUCUACACACAAUACCAAAUAAUGACAGAGUAAAAAAUGUUUUUAGAACAUUUUGCAAAUGUUUUAAAUUAAAUACAGAAAUAUCUCAUUUACACAGGUGUGCAACAUUGCUACACAAUCUAAUUCUAGCAGUCUCUAAGGAACAAAUGGCCACAGUCAUCUAGCUACAGUAGGUAAGAGAUUAAUAUGUUUGUUUGAUUGAUAAGACUGAACUAGAUCAAAGGUAAUUCAAUAAUCAAGAUUGUGUUGUACCUUUUAACCAAAAGCCUUACAAAUGAACUCUCAACCCUCCUGCUGUGUUCCGGUCGAAUUGGAUUCAUUUGCAAGUUUUCUCUCUGAAAAAUGUAGUUAAUUUAAUCUGAUUGUCACAAGUUUCCAGGACUUUGUCCACGCAGGCAUCUGAACACACAAAAUACAUUUUGAUGAUUUUCAUAACA